AUGAACGGUCGAAUGAUUCCGGGGUUCUAUUUCGACACCGAAAAGAAGAAGUACUACCGUAUUCAGGCAAAUCAUGUUGCUCCGGCUGGCUCUCAGUAUUCUAGAGAGGCUGUCAAGAAAAGAAAGCUUGAUAACCAGCAACGCCAUCGUCAAGAUGCCAUUGAUCGCCGUGUGCGACGGGAACGGGUGAAAACAUCACGAUGUAGGGACUAUGCAGCCACUGGGCUCUCCUAUGAAGUCGGCAGUACCCCGUUACCGGCGUUCGUGAGGAAAUCUCAUUAUGGAAGGGCUUAUGUCAGUCAACUUCAGAGGCAAUGCAUAUGCAAUUUGAGCUACAUGAAUGUGGUUGACUUUGUUCGCCACGGCCCUUCCGGAGCUCUUGUUGCUGGUGCAUGCAUGCCAGGCUUUACCAAGAUGACGUUGUGUCCCCUGCUAUCAGAGUCAACAAGUGCAGACACGUGGGCGUACGACGCAGACAAGAACGUGUCCAACUCCUUGGUAAACUAUGAGUCCUUUGUUGAUAAUGAAUACAGCUAUCAUCAAUGUCGAUGUGCGAUUCCGGGUUUCUUCUGUAAGACUCCUCAUAACAUGGAUUGCGAGCAUUCCUUCACUAACAUGCACCACAGAGGUACACAUUACGGCGGUGGGAUGGCAGACGCAGUGGCACGAAUUUGGCUACUUCCGGACCUAAAUUCUCAAUCUUGGAAGGAUAGGUGGCAAUGUAUGCCAGUCGCCGCUACAUCGUUAUACGAUAUAACGCUUUGGUGUUCUGCAGCCCGACCACAUGAUCCUUCUGAACCCAUCUUUGCUGUCGGAACAUCCGAUGGAUUACAGACGACUCGGGUCAACGCUACCGGUGGAAUGAAUACAUAUACCGUUCUCGAGAGACAGUCAAAGGAUAUACUGGCCGUUGAAUGGCUCAGUCAGACUAUCAUAGCGUCUGGAUUUCGGGACUCAUUAUUGUUUUUGAGUGACUUGCGCAGCAAUGACAGCGUUCAGCGUAUCAAGCAUCCGGGAAUGAUUGGACAAAUCAAAAAGGUUGAUGAUUAUCGACUGGUAGUGGCAGGAAAUCGCUCAGUGAAGUUUAUUCCACUUCCCUGA